AUGAAGUUCAAUAUCCUCGUCGCUGCCACUUUGGCUGCGGCCCCCAUCUCUGAAGUCGCCGCUCACUCUAGCAUGGGAGAAACCAUGAAAGAGAUCGAACGAAUUGCCGCUCGCAGUUGGAGUAGUGGCUGGAGCAGUAACAAGUGGCCUUUCUCUAACAGUGGAGGAAGCAAUUGGGGCAGCGGAGGCGCUCAGAGCAGUGGAAACAACGACUGGAACAAUGGAGGAAGCCAAGGCAGCGGAGGUGAUAGCUGGAGCAACAGCGGAAGUCAGAGCAAUGGAGGAGGCUCCAGUUCUUGGCCCGACCAAAGCAACGGCGGUAACAGCUGGAGCAAUGGUGGAAGCCAGAGCGGCGGCCAAAGUGGCUGGUCUGGAGACAACUUCGAUGCUCACUCCCUUAUUGGAGACCUCCGCAGCGUCAGCGACAAGUCUCUCACUUCAGUCGGCCGUGAUAUCAAGAAGAUCCUCAAAGGAAACGGCAACCCUACCAGCCGUGAGCGCUACCUUGGCUGCCCUUCUAUGAACUCUCAGCGAUGCAAGCGCGAUACCUGCUGUGUCUGGCAGUACAUCUCCAACGAGCUUGAAGCCCGCUUCAGAGGUGAAGCUGGCCGUUGCACCCGAUGGGCUCGUUAUGCUGUCCGCAUUGGCUUCCACGAUGCUGGUGCCUGGUCCCUGAAGACUUCUUCCCAAGGAGGUGGCGCUGAUGGCUCUAUCAUCCUUGCGAACGAGAUUACUCGUGGCGAAAAUAAGGGUCUCGAGCAGAUUGGAGAGUACUACCAGACUAUUUACGACAAGUACCACAACAAGUAUGGCUUCACUCAGGUCACUAUGGCCGAUCUUAUCCAGAUGGGCUCCAACAUUGCUGCUGUCACUUGCCCUCUCGGACCCCGAGUUCGCUCUUUCGUCGGCCGCAAGGAUAGUACCAAGGCCAAUAUCGGAGGCCUUCUGCCCCGAGUUGACUCCGAUGCUCUCACUCUCAUCAACCUGUUCAAGGACAAGACAAUUGGCCCUGAUGAUCUCGUCGCCCUCGUCGGCGCUCACACAACCUCUCAGCAACACCACACCAACAUCGACCGUGACGGUGAUCCUCAGGACAGCACCCCUGGUGUCUGGGAUAUCCUCUUCUACCAGCAGACUCUCGACAAGAACGCCCCCAAGCGCGUCUACAAGUUCCCCAGUGAUGAGGUCCUCGCCAAACACCCUCUCACCAAGCCUGCCUUUGAGACUUUUGCCAGCGGUAGCACUGGUCAAGCCGCCUGGAACGUGGAUUAUGCCCGCGCCUACGUCCGUCUCAGUCUCUUGGGUGUCAACAACAUCAACAGUCUCACCGAAUGCACAAAGGUUCUUCCCCAACCCGUCGAGUCUUACCGCCACAAGGACAAGGGCCGAUUCAACAAGUGGCUCCAGAGUGACGAUAACUCUUACACUUCCAAGUCUGUUUCCAAGGAUAUUGAUGACGGUUACGAGAUCUCUAUCCCUGAGGACAAGAUUCCAUCCAAGCGUGGCCCUUGGAAGAAGUGGACCACCCUUUUCAAGUGGUGGUAA